UUUUCGCAGUGUCUAAUUUCAUUGCGAUUUUUACAACAAAUAUUUCUGUCAAUUGUGCACGUAACGGAGCUAUGAGCAUUUUAUCAAUUUCAAAGACCAGUAAACAGAGAAGAGGAUGAAACUGGAAAGGUCGUCUGUAGAAAAUUCCCUCCAGAAAAUUCUUACUUUUCUUCUCCCUAACCUUCCCGUGGCUAAUGCCCAUGCUUCUGAGUUUAUAACCACGGACCAAUGGCAGAUGUUGAGCCCAGGCAUACAGCAUGAGCUUCUCAGAAUGACUGAUGAACAACUGCGCAGAUUGCCUCUUGAUGCUCAUACUGCAUACUACUGUUGUGGCGGCAUUGAUAAUAAGGCUGGUGAUGAUGAUGAUAAUGAUCAUGUUAGAAGUAGUAGUUCUGAUUGUUAUGGGGCUAGGACUGAUGAUGGAGGUCAUGAUGUCAAUGAUGGUGGUGAUGGUGGUACUGGUGAAUUGAAUAUUGCAAAUAUUGCUCAUCAUAUGGAAGAACUAAGAUUGGAUGUCGGAAAUGGAGGGACAGAUAAUAUAUCCAACUUGGACACUGUGAAAACUCAUUCCAACAAAGAGGAUCCAAAUAUUGAAGAAACUACUGCUGAAACAAAGUACUCAAUAUCAGAGUUAUCUUUCCUGAGUGACUUGUUUUCCUGUGUUCAAGGGUGCAGUAUUGAAGGCAGUGGCUUGUGUGUGACAGUACAGGAAUUCAUACAAGGGAUUGGACACUCUGAUCACAGUCAGUUUAUAGGUGCAUUUAUGAAUUCAAAGAAAAGUCAUGAGGUUGAAGUUAUGUGCAGUAUAUGUGCUGCAUUACAUGAACACACAGGCUGUGAUUUGGUCUUGGACUUUGGAAGUGGCAAAGGAUAUCUUGGCAACCAACUGGUUCUGCAACACUCCAUACCUGUAAUUGGUGUUGACGCUCGCUCCGUUAACACUACAGGCGCUGAGAGACGGAAACUCAUCCUUUCAAAACAGUGGGAAGGACUUGAGCGUAACUUCAAGAUUGCAGCUUCUGGUCGGCCAAAACUAACUAACAAGGAGAAAAAGAAGCUAAAAGCUUCAAUAACUGACAAAGCUUGUACUAAUAAUGGAAAUGCAACAUUGAACGAGUCAAAAGAAGCUCGGUUUGUUCCUUGUACCAAGUUUAUUGAUAAAAACACGGAUUUCAUGGAGAUUGUUAACGAAUGCUUUCUGGAAAUUGUUGAUAACAAGUUACUGUAUGUCACUGAGUCUAGUGGUCCGAUGAAUAAUGGAAGGCAGCAACCUCCAGAGAGCGAUGGAGCUCCAAAUAUUUGUAACAAUUUAAGCCAUGAAAAUUGUGUUAAUCAUUUAGAAAACGGAAAAUUGACUACUGAAAACUCUCAUGUAAAAAUCUUGUUGACUGGUUUGCAUACUUGUGGAAAUUUGGCCAGUGCUAGUCUGGAGUUGUUUGUACACAGUCCAGUUUUUACUUCUUUGUGUAAUGUUGGGUGUUGUUACCAUAAGCUACAAGAGCAGUUUCGAACUAGGAAAGUGGUUGAUAAUGAACAUGAGAAUAUCAAAGCGCCACCUGUAGACCCUGGGUUUCCGAUGAGUCAAUUCCUGAAGCAACGAGGCAUAUCCCUUGGCAACACAGCCCUAAACCUUGCUGCCCAAUCUGUUCAUAGAGUGGCUGAGUCCUCAGAGCCAAUGCAAGGCAGUAAGUUUUAUCCAAGGGCGCUACUUGAGGUCCUGGUUUCUGACCUUUGUCCUGGAUUUGACUUGUCAAGGUCAUCGCAUCGGAAACGACUGCAGAAGGCCAAGUCUGAUUAUGAUUAUGUGAGAGCAGCCUGCAAUGAGCUGGGCUUAUCAGAUAUGAUAUCAGAUGAUCAUAUUCACAUGUACUUGAAGAAAUACAGUGAUGCGAGACACAAGAUGGCAGCUUUUGUCCAACUGAAGACCACGCUGGCUCCCUGCAUAGAGGCUGUUGUCAUACUGGACAGGGUGUGCUACCUGUUGGAGCAGGAGGCCAUAAGAGAAGUACACAUAGUAAAGAUGUUUGAUCCACUGAUUUCACCACGAUGUUAUGGGAUCAUUGCAAUGAAAUAGUCUGUCUUGUUCCAAAUUAAAAUAUUUAAAAAAUGA